CGUUGGUAGUUUUUAAGAAAUAGUGUUUUGCUAAACCUUGACCUUUGACGUCACAUGGAAUAACUCACGUGUUUUUACCGUGAUCAUUGAUAGAAGAUGGUGUUGGGGCAGAGGAUGACCUACUGUGUACUGCGUUUGUACGUAAAACUAGGUCUAAAUAUCCCAGCAAGGGCGGUGAGGCGGCACGCAUCCAAAGUAGCACAACCUAUACUUAACGCAAAACCAAAGGGAUCGGACAAAGAGGAGCCGUCCUAUUUCGUUGACUGGCAUGCUUGCGUGGUGAACGGAGGUAAAGGAGGAGAUGGUGUGAUUUCCUUUGCCAGUACCCGACACAAGCAGUUUGCUGGACCUGAUGGUGGUAAUGGUGGUUCCGGAGGCCAUGUUGUCUUUCAAGUAAGUCAGAACGUGAAGUCAUUGACAAAAAUUCCAGGACAAGUGUCGGCAAAAGACGGACGGAAUGGUGCCAAACGCAACUUUCAAGGCAAGAGUGGUCAACACACUUUCAUCCCAGUGCCCAUAGGAACGGUUUUCCGCAGUGAAGAUGGGGAGCUACUUACCUGCCUGGACGACCCCGGUGAUUACUAUAUAGGGGCUCAUGGAGGCAAAGGGGGACGAGGCAACACAGCUUUUGCCACCAGCACAUAUGUUGCCCCAAAAAUUGCUGAAAACGGAGCCAAGGGUGAAAAAAACUCCAUACAGCUUGAAAUGAGGAUAAUGGCAGAUGCUGGAUUGGUUGGGUUCCCCAAUGCUGGUAAGUCAUCACUUCUUCGUGCGAUAUCAAGGGCCCGUCCACUGACCUCCGAACAGGCUUUCACCACACGUAGUGCACACGUUGGAAUGGUCCAGUAUGAUGAUUAUGAACAAGUAUCAGUGGCUGAUAUUCCUGGCUUGGUGAAAGGUUCCCACGAGUCAGAGGGACUUGGUAUCUCAUUUCUUCGCCACAUAAUGAAAUGUACCUGCCUCUUGCAUGUCCUUGACCUUUCCAGUGAUGACCCUUGGCAGCAAUAUCAGGACUUGAGGCAUGAACUUGAGCAGUACAAUGCAGAAUUGAUUACACGACCACAUGUGAUUGUUGGAAACAAAAUUGAUCUGUCUAUAUCUGUAACAAACUUGAAGAUCAUACAAGCCAAAAGUGAUAUACCGGUGUUUGCGAUUUCAGCUACUGAAAAGACCGGCAUUACAGAGCUAUUAGUUCACCUACGAAAAAUGUACGACACUGUAAAACCAAGGCAGGAAGUGGAUCAGUGAGCUGUUUGCUGAUUGGUGCUUAUUCUCGCGGGUCUGUAUGAUCUGAUAACUGUUAAUAUGGUAUGAAUGCCAUUGUGAUGUUAUUACAGAAUAUUGAGCAUAUAUUUGUUUAAUGACUAAAUCAUGUCAAGAUGGUGAGACCAUCAUUUUUGCUUGUCGGUAUGAUGAUGAGCAUUUGUUUCCUCAAGUGUUCUGCUUUAAAAUAGUCUGUGAUUUCAAACCCUAUGGUCCAUCAUAUAAAUAGCUAAUGAAGGUUUAGUACUUGUAGUUGUAUUUUUUGCUCAGCAAUACCUUGUUUCUUACAUGGAGUUCAAGACUAUAAAGGAAUGUUAAUAUGAUGAAAUUUAUUAGCAUACCAUCAUCUUGGUGACAUUGUUCUUAUAAGUGUGAAUACCUUUGUCUUUUCAGAGCUGUUAAGUCCCUUAUCAGUUAAACUAAGUUUGCUAGAAGUAUUUCUGUCCUGUUUGUGUCUGGUAUACACCUUCUGAUUGCUACCUAUAUAAACGGGUAAGAUAAACUUCAUGUGUAUGUAUUGCUGUGUGAUUCUGUGUCAUAAAAUCCUACCUAUAUAAACGGGUA